GACGUCCUGUUAUCCAAUUCCACUGUCUGACCACGCCUCUUAUCCACUGUAUACGGUUGUCCCAAUGGUUGUCCCACUGCUUGCGUUUGGCGUAAUCCAGGAAAUCGCAGUGUUUCUGCCGGGAAACUCCGUCUGCAAGGGGGCGCCCAGCCUCCCGUAAGGAUCGCAUGUUGAAGGGUGCCUGCAUGGCUAAAACCAAAGUGAUUGAUUUUGGACAGCACAGGGGUGUGGCAAUGUAACACUAUGUGGAUAAUAUCAUUAGCACAAUUUGCAUUUCUAAAGUAUUCUAUGUAGCAUUUGAUAGCACAAUUUAGCUUUAAAAUGUCAGUGGAUCUGUCACUGUCGAUCAGUCUCUGCUGUCAAUGCACUGUCUGCAUUGCUGUUCUGGGGUGCCACACUUUUGCGCAUAAUACUGUAACCUCACAAUCUCAUCACAGUUUUAGUAUGUGCCAGGAAACGCUGUUGAUUCUAAUAAUGCAAUGACAGGGACAUCUAUAUUUCGUAUCCCUAGCCCGGCAGCGGAGAUGGAGCAUCCUCUUAUCGAAGAGAGAACUCUGCAAAGAUGCAGAGGGAUGCAGAUCGAUCAAUCAAUCAAUAGAAGGAGCGCUUGCCCGUGACGUAACCGCUUCUGGUUGUGUGAAUGAGCGGAGGAGAAGCCUUCUCCCCAUUCCAUUAUGUACACAAUGAAACGUUUUAAGAGUUGAAAGCACAGCACUGGAUAUGGAGAAAUGUCACUUAACUGCCUGGAUUGAAAAUAGUAUAUUCUUGGAAAUGGUGCAAUCAAAUAAGUAAAAAGCCAGCGACACUGAUGCCAGGUGCAGGCCGUCGUUGGGAGCACUCCGAGCAGCACUUGGGAUGAGUGGUGCAGUAGAGCAGGCGGCAGACAUCCUGUCAGUCACAGACUUGGUCCGGGAGAGAUGGAGAGUGGUGAAGAAAAUUGGCGGGGGUGGCUUUGGGGAGAUCUACGAGGUGCUGGAUCAGCUGAGCCAGGUCAACGUGGCCCUGAAGGUGGAGUCUGCCCAGCAGCCCAAACAGGUGCUGAAGAUGGAGGUGGCCGUGCUGAAGAAGCUCCAGGGUAAAGAUCAUGUGUGUCGCUUUGUAGGCUGUGGCCGCAAUGACCGCUUCAACUAUGUGGUGAUGGAACUUCAGGGGAGGAAUCUGGCAGACCUGCGCAGAACUAUGUCUCGCGGCACCUUCACCGUCUCCACCACUCUGAGGCUGGGCCGACAGAUGCUGGAGGCCAUCGAGAGCAUCCACUCUGUUGGCUUCCUGCACCGCGACAUCAAACCGUCAAACUUUGCCAUGGGGCGCCUGGCCAGCACGUGUCGAUGCUGCUACAUGCUCGACUUUGGUCUGGCCCGACAGUUCACCAACUCUUGUCAGGAAGUGCGUCCUCCUCGUCCCGUUGCAGGGUUCAGAGGAACGGUGCGCUAUGCCUCAGUCAACGCACACAAGAAUAAGGAGAUGGGUCGCCAUGAUGACCUCUGGUCUCUCUUCUACAUGCUGGUGGAGUUCACGGUGGGCCAGCUACCCUGGAGGAAGGUCAAAGACAAAGAACAGGUGGGGAACCUAAAAGAGACCUACGACAAUCGCCUCAUGCUCAAACACCUCCCCUCAGAGUUCAGCGCCUUCCUGGAUCAUAUCCUGACCCUGGACUACUUCACUAAGCCUGACUAUCAGCUACUAAUUUCAGUGUUUGAAAAUGCCAUGAAGAGCCACAACGUGUUGGAAAACGACCCGUAUGACUGGGAGAGGUGUGACUCAGAGGAUAUGCUGACCAUCACCGGUUCAGCCACCACCGCUCAGCAACUGACCCGCCUCACACCAGCUUACAUUGGCAUGGCCAAUGCCUCGGUGCUCCCCGCCGAGCUGCAGAGGGAGAACACUGAGGACGUACUGCAGGGCGAGCGCCUCAGCGACGCCGACAACUGCCCCCCCAUCCCGGCCCAGCACCAACGUGCUGCCCAGGGCGUUGACGUGUGGUUGGAGAUGGACCGCAACCGCAACUUUAACCACGUCGCAGCCCAGCAACAACAACAACCGCUCAUCAGGAAGGUGGUGAAUGAGGACGAGCACAGCCAGAACCAUGGUGGCAACCAGAGCCAGAGCUCCCCCAGAAGGGUGUGCUCAGAGACCAUGUUCCUGGACCGGGCGGCCCCCCUGCUCCGGAGGAUGAGACAUAGCCAGAGCCUGGCCUUCGAGAAGAGACUGGCUCCCGAACCCAAGCCCACCAUCGAACGCUUCCUUGAUGCCUAUCUGGGGAAUCAGCAUCCACAGGAGCGAGAGAUCACAAUCCCCGAAAGCGGCGGGGGACGGGGUGAGCAGGUUGGCACCCCCUGUGACGAGGACCAGGCGACAGAGACUCCCGACCAGGACGAGGGGGCUGGGGCCCUGAACCUCAGUUCUGUUCCCCAGGAGGGAAACUCCCAGGAUUGGUUGAUGCUGGAGCAGGGGGGAGGCAGCGGGGCCUCGGGGGCAGCCAAGCCUCCAGGAGACUAUGCUCUGGAUGGGAAUAAACUAGAGGUGCAUUCAGAGGCUGAGGUCCAGGACCACCAGCCUCCCUCAGCCCCGAGCAGCCCCGUCCUGUCCCACAUGGCCCUGCCCUGUACCUGGUUACUGGGCGGCAGGAGGCUGCCUGGGAUGCUAGGCCACAUGGGCCGAGCCCAGAUGGAGCAGUCUGCCAACCCUGUACCACAGUCCCCUGUGAUGGAGAAGAGUGAAGUCAUACUACUAGAGGCUCUGUCAACCAAACCCAAUGACCCCCAAGAGGUCAAGGUCGAUGAGCUGGAGAUUGUCGAAUCAGCCCCCAGCCCUGUGCCAAGCCUCAUCCCAGCCCACCUCGCAAAUGACAAAGACCCAGAGAGCGACUCAGGCCUCCCCGACCGUUCCUCCGAACCCAACCAACACCCUCAGAUGGAGAAAGCCGGAAGUGCCGCGGAGAGCACCUUCUCCUCCUCCCCUCCCCCACCCACCUUGGUCCUGCUGCAAAGAGAAUCCCCCUCCUCGCCCAGAUUGAGCCGCAUCCCCAUACGAGAUCCAACCACCGUCCCGGAUUCCCCCACCAUGGACCGCCGCCACCGCUGGAGCAGCCCCGUGCCUGGCUCGCCCUCCCACUCGCCCUCUCCAUCGCUCUCCUGCGACAACCUGCUGCCCUGUGGCAUCCGGGAGAGGUUCCUUUCCUGCUCAGACCACGGCUCACGCUCCGACUGGCUGGGGGAAGACCGUGACUCCCUCUCGCUCUCCUCCUCGGGCAGCAGGAGUAAAAUCCCUCGGCCCAUCAUUCCCCCUCUUCCAGGGCUCGAGCAGCAGCAGCUCUCCUCCUCCGGCAGGUUCCUGCCUCGUCCGCCUCCCGGGAAACCGCCUACCCGCCCAGCUGUAGACAACAGUAGGCGCCGGCGUUUCCGGGUGCGUGCCAGCAGUACCAGCGACGCCGACUUCCUUGCCAAUCUGACCCAACUGAUGAAGGACCGCGGCGGUGCACUUUUCAGUCCGGCGCCACACCCCCGCAGCUCUUCCUCCUCUCUACAGCGCUCACUCAGCUCCUCCCCCUCACGUCACGAGCUCUGCGAGGGGGGAAGGGUCUUCCUGGGGUGUAGCCGCUCUCCGUCCAGCUUCUCGGGGUCCCCUCCCCCUCCGUGGUACCCCCAGGACAGGCUUAGUGGGCGGCAGGGGAUCCCGUGGGGCGCAGGGCCCGGUGCCAGAGGGAGGGGCCCUAGCCACGAGGGCAAAGGCAGCGGCAAAGUGAGCCGAUAAGUGGACAGAAUGGGUAUCAGCGUGUUGUUCAGAAGGGCACACUGUUGUAAGACAUUUCGAAACAAUAAACCCGAAUCGAUCAUUUCUAAUUGGACACGUUCAGCCAGGGCCUUGUCAGUUCAUUAGGCGGCCACCUAUGGCGGCAGAUUGACACGGGUGGAAUUUUCUGGGCUAAACUGAACAAGAUGCACACCCAACAACACAACCUCUGCCCCAAAACAAUGACAAUUUCUCUCAACCAGUGGCAUAUGGGCUUUUUAGGUGAGCGCUGAUGCCGCCCUGUGAUAAGCAGUUCCCACUUUGUCAGAGGCAAGGGCACAAACAUGUUGCUUGUCCAUUCCCAGAGGCGCACCGUGCACUCCACCAACGUUCUGUUAAGAAAACUAACAUAAAUCAUGUAGCAGAUAUAGCCAGCGUAAAAACAUGAGCCAUUCACAAUACUUACAGCAAAAUGUCAAGAAAACUGUAUGCUUAUUACACCACUUUCUAAUUACCGCAUGUCAGAGGCAUGACAAAUUAGCGAAUGGACUUGAAAACGGGUCAUAUAGCCUUCAGUCAAAUGUGAUGUGGUUCGACGAGAACAUUGACAUUUUGCCAAGGCAGAGACGUGGCGACAUGACAAUAGCCAAAUUUGUCAUUUCACUUUUUGGUGUUCACGUUCAACAGAUGUCUCUUUCCAUUCACCACGGUUUGGAGUCUGUUAAUAUGGUGCGAGUGGAUGAACAGGCACUGCUAGCCUAUGACGGCGCCCUUUGAAGUGAUUGUUUAACAAUUAGAUGAAAACAUUUUGACGGGUUUUUUUAUGCCACGGUAUAAGAUAAUGCAUUUUAAAAGUGAAAUAACAGGUCUUUACGACUAGGCCCACUGAGAUCCUAUUGAAUUAAUAGGGACUCUAUAUAUCAUUCUAUGAUUAGGCCCUUUGAAAAAUGCUGGUGCACGCGGUUGGUCCCAUACAGGGAAGAAUUUAAUUAUACUUUCACCCCUGAAUAUAGCAUAUGGUAGAAAGAGUAUGUGGCCUUUUCUGUAGCCUACAGGCUGGAGAUAAAAUGUAUGACAGUGUAAUGAGACUGACACUUUUUUACAUCAUACAGGUUUCUCCGAUCAAAUACCCGCGUUGACAUGUUACAACAUUUCCUAAAAACAGGACAGGUCAAAGUAAAAUGGACAAUAUGAAAUGGAUAAUCAGGCUAUUCACAACUGCUGUCCAGAAGUUUUACCCCGGGGGCAAAAUGUUCAUGAUCAGUGUUUUAAAGUUUGUAUCUGUAAAAAAAAAAUUACAAGCUGAUCAUCGCGAAAAAGAAAGUACUUCUUUAUUUCCCGCUGUGCAAACACAUUGCAAAUAGGCUCAGGAUAACUACUGAUGAAGUUGUGUAGCUGAUAUUCAGAGCUGAAAUAGCUAAAUUCACUAGUCACAGGAAUCAGGACUAAUAAAGCCAAUGCAACGCCUGUUUUACAAACGGUCUUCCACAUGGUUGGGCAUUCAUAAAAUUCCUUUGCAGACCAACACAGUAGGCUUCACCCUAGUAAGCAUGGGCCGACGUCUUCUGGAUGUCUUUUUUUGGUCCUGUCCGGACCGGCUGUCUUUUAUUGGUAUUUUACAAACUGUAGGCCUACUACAUAGAUGGGCAUUCAUAAAAUUCUAAUUAGGCGACACUGUAGGCUACACCUCGGUAAGCACAGAUCAAUGCCGUCGCCUUUUGGAUGCCUUUUUUUUGGGGUCCUGUCUGGAUCGGCCUUGAUUUCCCUUCCACGGAUGUUGGUUUUUAGUCCAGUCCAGACCAAAUCAUAGACAUCUAUGUUUGGUUCAGACCGUCUUUCAUUUGCCUCGCCUAGGGUGACAGAACAGUCAGGACCAGCCCUGCUUUCAGCAGGUACAUCUAUGUUUCGUCCCCACUGCACACGACCCAGGCGGCUAUGGUUACUCAGACUGUAAUAAUGUAUGUACAGAGAACGUACUGCAUCGGAUCCAAUCUUCAACUUUGACAGCAUGUGUACAUAUAUAUGAUCUACUACUGUACUCCAGGGAAUGUACUGUAUGUAAAAUGUAUGUAUUAUAGAAUGUAUCUAUUUAUUUGAUGUGUCUCGAAAAAUGUAGCUUGAUUCCAGCAUCGGAACAUCAGAUUUCCGAAAAACAUUGAAAUGGUCUACUCUUUCUCCCUGACCCCAGUCCUGGGUUCUUAAGUGUGUGUGUGUGUGUGUGUGUGUGUGUGUGUGUGUGUGUGUGUGUGUGUGUGUGUGUGUGUGUGUGUGUGUGUGUGUGUGUGUGUGUGCGCGUGCCAUGAGACCAAAAGAUCUGUACUGUAUCAUAUGAGGGAUCUGAAGGAGGUUGCCUUGUAUAUACAGUUGAAGUCAGAAGUUUACAUACACUUAGGUUGGAGUCAUUAAAACUUGUUUUUCAACCACUCCACAAAUGUCUUGUUAACAAACUACAGUUUUGGCAAGUCAGUUAGGACAUC